UUUGUCGUUAAUCUGGUGGUUUUCGGUUCUGCCUCACGGCUGAAGUGUGCGUGAUUUAUACAUAUGGAAUGUGAAGUUCUCGGGUUUUUUUGAAUGGAUGGGGAAAAGUGGGCUCAUGUCCGAUCAUUACACGAAUUCUUGAGUUCCAUUGAUUUCUUCCUAGUUGCUCUGUGCUUUUAACGGCUAGAUUUUGGCAGUAGCGUGAAGGAACGAUGUCUCAGGGAAAGGUUUUGGGUGAUGGUGAAGAUGCAGAAUCCGUGGAUUCUUCUGUUUCCAAAGUUGAUCCGGCGAAACCUGCAUCAUUAACAUGGCAAAGAAGAGUAGACAGUGAAGGAAAGAUCCCCUUGGAAUUCAGUCUGACUGCCAAAGAAAUAUUUGAGAUGGCUCCUAUUGGCAUUCGGUUAUGGUUGCUUUCCCGGGAAGAAGCUGCCAAAGGAAGGAUUGUCUUCAUAGAUCCAUUUGCAAAGCGCAUUGUGACAUCUUCUCAUGGUGUCCCACUAGGAGGCAUUGGUUCUGGUAGCAUAGGAAGGAGUUAUAAAGGUGAAUUUCAGCGGUGGCAGCUGUUUCCUAUGAAAUGUGAAGAAGAACCGGUUCUAGCAAAUCAAUUUUCUGCUUUUGUUUCGCGUGCCGACGGUAAAAAGUACUCGAGUGUUCUGUCUGCCAAGAAUCCGAAGAUAGGGAAAAACGAGGCAGAGACUGGAGUUGGUUCUUGGGACUGGAAUCUUAAAGGAGACAAGACUAUGUAUCACGCAUUGUACCCGAGGGCUUGGACAGUUUACGAGGGUGAACCUGACCCGGAGCUUAGGAUUGUUUGCCGUCAGAUUUCACCCUUUAUUCCCCAUAACUAUAAAGAAAGCAGCUUUCCAGUUUCUGUCUUCACUUACACUCUUCACAAUAUCGGAAAGACUGCCGCCGAUGUGACUUUGCUCUUCAGUUGGGCUAAUUCUGUUGGAGGGGACUCUGAGUUCUCAGGUGGUCACUCCAACUCCAAGAUGAUGAUGAAAGAUGGGGUUCAGGGUGUGCUAUUACACCACAAAACAGCACAUGGAUCACCGUCAUUGACUUAUGCAAUUGCAGCUCAGGCGAGUGACGGUGUACAUGUCUCGGUCUGUCCAUGUUUCACGAUAUCGGGAAAGCAGAAGGGCAUCACAGCCAAAGAUAUGUGGCGCGCCAUCAAAGAGAAUAGAUCUUUUGACCGCCUUGAGGCUGCCGAGGCAUUGACAGAAUCCGAACAAGGGUCGUCCAUAGGGGCAGCAGUAGCAGCUUCCGCCAAAGUCCCAGCUGGAGAGACAUGCACUGUCACGUUUUCUCUGGCUUGGGACUGCCCUGAAGUUCAAUUUCCCAGCGGCAAAAUAUAUCACAGGCGCUAUACAAAAUUCUACGGCACUCAUGGCGAUGCUGCCGCUCAAAUUGCACAUGAUGCUCUUCUGGGGCAUGGUCAAUGGGAGUCUGAUAUAGAAGCCUGGCAAAGACCGAUACUUGAAGACAAAAGGCUACCAGAAUGGUACCCCAUCACUCUCUUCAAUGAGCUCUAUUACCUUAACUCUGGAGGAACCGUUUGGACAGAUGGGUCGCCCCCUAUCCGUAGCUUGGCAGCCAUUAAAGAAAGGCAGUUCUCCCUUGAUAAAUCCCAGCUCGGUUUGAAGAGCAUCAUCGAUGAUGUACCUCAUCAGAACAAUACAGCUGUUAGUGUUCUUGAGCAGAUGGUUUCGGCCCUGGAGCAAUUGCACUCCCCGACCACCUCAAACUCCGUCUUUGGCACGAAAUUACUCCAGGAAGGAGAAGAGAACAUUGGCCAUUUCCUUUAUCUCGAAGGGAUCGAGUAUCAUAUGUGGAACACCUACGACGUUCACUUCUAUGCGUCUUUUGCGCUGGUGAUGCUAUAUCCGAAACUCGAACUUAGCAUCCAAAGAGACUUUGCUUCUGCAGUGAUGAUCCAUGACCCCACCAAAGUGAAAACUCUAAGCGAGGGACAAUGGGUUCCAAGGAAGGUUCUCGGCGCAGUUCCUCAUGAUCUCGGCAUCAACGAUCCGUGGUUUGAAGUGAAUGGGUAUAAUCUUCAUAACACGGAUCGGUGGAAAGACUUGAACCCGAAAUUCGUCCUCCAGGUUUACCGUGAUGUGGUUGCAACGGGCGACAAGAAAUUCGCACUAGCAGUCUGGCCUUCUGUUUAUGUUGCAAUGGCCUUUAUGAUGCAGUUUGACAAAGACGGGGACGGGAUGAUCGAGAAUGAAGGGUUUCCCGACCAAACGUACGACACUUGGUCUGCCUCGGGAGUGAGCGCAUAUAGCGGGGGACUCUGGGUGGCUGCAUUGCAAGCCGCAUCAGCGUUGGCACGAGAAGUUGGUGACAAGAGCUCGGAAGACUACUUCUGGGUCAAGUUCCAAAAGGCAAAAGACGUGUACGAGAAGAAGCUAUGGAAUGGAUCAUAUUUCAACUAUGACAACAGCGGUGGCCAAUACAGCUCGUCUAUCCAAGCUGACCAACUCGCUGGCCAAUGGUACGCCCACUCGUGUGGGCUGAUGCCCAUUGUUGAUAAAGACAAAGCAAAAAGCGCGUUGGAGAAGGUCUACAACUUCAACGUGAUGAAGAUCCAAAAUGGUAAGCGUGGAGCGGUAAACGGGAUGCAUCCUGACGGGAAAGUUGAUACAGCAUCGAUGCAAUCACGGGAAAUAUGGUCAGGCGUUACUUACGCGCUAGCUGCGACAAUGAUUCAUGAAGGGCUCGAAGAAAUGGCAUUUCAGACAGCGAACGGCGUUUACGAAGCUGCAUGGUCUCAACGCGGGCUAGGUUACUCGUUCCAGACGCCGGAAGCUUGGAACACAAACGAUCAGUACAGAUCUCUGACUUACAUGCGGCCUCUCGCCAUAUGGGCGAUGCAAUGGGCACUCACCAGAACGAACCAAACCCAUCGUGAACUAGAGCUGAAACCCGAGGCCAGUUCUCUACUGAAGCAUGAUCUCGGGUUCUCCAGAGUGGCUAGGCUUCUGAAGAUGCCAAAGGAAGCAUCACCCAAAGGAACAAUACAGACUCUGUUCGACUACACCUGCCGAAGAAUGCUGGGAUAGCAAAUGCAUCAGUAUUUACUCAAACACCGAACUCUCUGCUAAACUUAUUUUAUAGAUAUGAUUCUCACAACAUUGAAAUUUCUAUUCUUCAAACCCUAAAAGCAUACAAUGAAUAAUGUACUUGGGAUUUCAUA